AUGGCAGAACUCAUGGCCAUGCUCAAAGAUCAUAAUCGGGCUUCCUCAAGCUAUACUCUGCUUUCGGAGGACACCCCAACGGUUGACCCGAAUCCAGUGGUCCCGCCGACCUUUGUUUCGGAAAGCGAUGACGUAUCUUUCUCUGCAAUGACAUACGUACCGGCAAUCCAUCCGGUCAGCGAUCCUUUACCACCACCGCCUGCCCCUACAACGGUUCCUCUGCCACCAGCGGCUUUCCUGUUAACAGAUUCGGCUAUGCAUACGCUGUCACCUUUAGCUAUACCAGCUCAGCCUCCGGUUUACACCGUUCCGCUACCAACGGUUCUUACGGUGAUAAAUGCCCAGGCUCCUACUCCCACCAUGGACCCUUUCGCAUUCCAAGCUUCACAACCCCAAAUAAGCUUCUCCUACCUAGCUCCACCGCCUCUAAAUAUUCAUCGCUCUAAACCGAGCACGCCUACUCAGGCCGCCCCUACAGCUCCACUGACAAAUUUUCUCCCGGAAGCAGAAACAAAGCAGGAAAGGGGAAUGGAGAAAAUGGAGGAAACCAUCAGAGCCCUCCAAGACGGCACUUCCCGUCUUGAUUAUGGUGACUUUAACUAG